AUGAAAUGUAGUUUGCCCACUCAACUGCCAAAUGGCUUUCCCGACUUUCUCCCCCGAUUCUCCUUCCAUCUCCUUCCCAUCUCACCCAUCUGCCUGCAGAAACUAUCUGCCCUCCUCUCCAUCUCUCUUCGCUUCGCCACCACAGUCAGCACCACCAUCCACACAGCCUCCUCUCUCCCGGGCCUUGAUUCGUCAUCUUCAUCAUCAUCAGCAGGAGGAGGAGGAUGGGGAGGAGGAAGGGGGGGUUAUGGGUCGGAGGGUAGAACCAGUGGAGGCGAGCUGGCUGAUUAUGCCUACGGUGAUGCCACGUCAGAUGCCAAGGGACAGGCGGCGCGGGCGGCAUUCCGUCGGCAGUUAGCGGUGGAGGAGCUACAGCGGGGUUUGGAGCGGGAAGGGUUUGUUGAAGAGAUGAGCGCCAUGCACACGGCCUUCGCAGCCUCUCUCCGGGCCGCCACUGCUGCCAUCGCAUCUGCCCUCCGAGACCAUCCAGUGUUGCUCUCACUGCACCUCGCCCUCACCGCCUUUGCCAAAGGCCUUCCUUAG